AUGACAAAAGCACAGGGGGUCCAGCAUACGCUGACGGUCUCCGAGCAGGCUUCAUCGAAGCGUCAGCCUGGUUUAACCGCUAGGAUGAAGAUCAAUCACGAUAAGGGUGCCGUGCAAGACGCAGGAAGGGUUGGGGAACCACAGGAAGAUAAUCCCCGAGCGCAGAGUCUAGGGACGGGAUAUGCUUCACGCCCCUCCAGUCCGGCCGAAAGCGUCAUCCCAGAGCACGACGAGAGCUCGGAAUGCCAGAACCCUGAGCAAGAAACGCCUUCACACGGUUCGAUGCAUCCGAGCUCUGCAAUGAGCCCGGACGUAGAGAGCCAGCCAGAGAAGAUUACCACCGUUUAUAAAAAGGAGGGUCAAAUCCGACGGUGCGCCAUCUUGGACUCCAUAAACCUGGUAAUCAACGAGCCCUUGCGAUUGCUGGUCUGCACGAGCUGCAGCCGCUGCCUAGGCACCGGUACGGCAUUGGAACAUGUCCGGCAACAUCUCCCGCGUUACGGAGCGGCAUGGCAGUUGGUCGAACAGCAGUUUCAUCGGACGGUUUCCGAUCAUCCCUACCUCCUUGCCGAGCUCCCCGAUCCGCCUACACUUCAUUGGACGGGCCCGUUCCAGUGCGUCCAGUCUACCAAGGGUUUUGCGUGCAAGGAGAGGUUGGCAGACGGCACACCCUGCCGUUUCUUCUCGACAAACUACAAGAAUCGCUUGCGCAAGCACUACUCUGCCUCCCACAAGGACUGUGCUCGGCCACCCAGGCAAGCCGACGACGAAACGGCCCAGCUGCAUUUCGUGCAAUACGUGCAGUCUCUGGUCCCGCUCGACUACAAGACACGAUUCCUCGUGACGGGACCGUAUCUUUCCGACGCCGAAGCUCAGCCCGGCGUGGACAGGCUUCAACGAAUCAGAGACGAGAUGCAGCAGAUGAACGAGGUCUCUCUCGGCGCCAGUCCCAAGCUCAUACCCUACUGGCUCACAGCGUUGAAAUGGCCAGAGCACGUCCAGGGUUACAACAGCUACGAUCUGUGCCGGCUCGUGGACGCGCCGAAUCAGCAUUCCGAUCCUCUAGCAGGCGUUUCAGGGCUUGUGUUUCAGUACCUGAAGAAAUGCGAGUCCCUCAUCCCCAACUGUCCGCCGAUCGUCCUGCAACUUCUGGUCACGGCCGAUGCGCAGUCGGAACUCGAGCACAAGCCUUUCAAGGCUCUCCAAGAAGCGGCGAGCCUCGCAAAAUAUUCCCGCACCGUGGCAGCCCUGCUGCUCAUGAUCCUGAGGCAAGACACGUCGGAUCCUACCGCCUAUUCCAUCCCCGGCUGCCCUCCCAAUUCAGAGGACCUCGAGACGCUUCGAAAGGCGCUCGAAUCCACCGUCGGAAUGAACGCAACGACGGUGUCCUUCGAGGAUCCGCUGAUGCUGUUGAUGCACCACAUCUUCAGCGGGUUAUUUCUUCGUGCUUGGGAUCAUCUCCAGACGACCGACAACGCCAUUCCGCACCCCGUCAUGCGUUGCAUCAUCUUGCUAUCUAUCCGACCCAACGGCCAAUUCAAAGAGGCCGUCCACGUUACACCGCUUCUCUCCCACAUGCAAUACGCAAUCCGACUGUGCGCCCUUCAGGAAAUAUACCUCGAAGCGGCGAGUCCAUCGGCAAGGGACCUGGAGAUGGCGGCGUUGAGCAUCCGCGAGUUCUACACCAGCGGAGGUCGCAGCGCGUUCGGGGUCAUGAAGUCUCAGGGGCACCUCAUCACCGACGUCGCCAUGAGCAGCCAGAUGGAGGUGAACAUUAUCUGGACGGAUCCGGUCGGAUUCACCUCGCUCGUCCACAAAGGGCAUGAGAUCACUCUCCGUAACCUUCACGCCCUCUAUGCCAGCCUUCAGGCGUGGACAAAGGCCGCCGACGUCAAGACCUCUCUAGGAUGUCCCGUGGGCGUAGUCAUAUCUGCGUUCAAGGACGACAUGACCUCGAGGAGCCAGGGCUACUCGUUCCUUUCCGAUCCCAGGAACCGGUCGCUACACAGCAAGAUCAUGUUUUUCGACGCCAUCAUGUCCGAUCCCACCGCUCGAAAGUGGAUGUUUAUCAGCCCGGACGAGUCCGAUCUCGAGGAACUCCAGGUAGACGUGGCGCACGGAUUCGAAUGGCUCCGAUCCUUGGCCGACCUCGAACGAAAUCUCCUCAUCAUGACGAUGGACCUGAGCGGCCCUCCCCCAAGGCUCACCGAGCUGGUAUCCCUCGAAUAUCUUAACGGGCCAUACGCCGACUCCAUACGAGGCCUUCGCUUCUUCGGAAAAUACCUCACUAUCACCACUCAGUAUCGGAAACAGGGACACUCCACCGCCUAUCAGAAGGAGGUCCCUCGCCCGCUCGACGCAUUCACGGCCGACCUCCUUGUCAAAGUCUUGGCGGUUUACCGACCCUUCGCGGCCUGGCUCUCGAAGAAGCUGUGGCCAGCCGAUCCCAAGGCCGGCGAGGGGUAUCAGCGUUUGAUAUUCUCCGACUUCAAGGGGCAGCCCUUCGAUCCGGAGGCUCUCAGCACCGUCAUGUCCGAGCAAGGGAUGAAGGUAUGCGGGGCUCCCCUGGGCGUGAACGCAAAACGACACGCUCUGAAGGCUUUCCGACGCGAUCACAUGGCCCUCCACGGCGUUACCCUUGAGGUGGAGACCCAGCUCAACCUCGAGCACAUAGACGCCAUGGGCAUGGGGCAUAGCGACAACGUUGACCGCCGGAUAUACGCGCGAUCGAACACGUCCGAUGGGCAGUACAGCGGGCAUCUGCUGCAGGCAAGCUUCGAGCGGGCCGCUCAGUGGCAAGUCGUUAUGAGGGUCGUUCCGGCAGGGGUACUACUUCCGUUCGAUCGGUGCGGUACCUUGGAGUUCGAGUCCCUCUGCGUGGCAGGGCACUUUCGGGAUUGCACAAAGAAGAAGGAAGACUCGGACAGGAUGCUGCAGGAUACCAUCAGAACCGUCGUUCGAGAGGAACUUCAAAAAGCGGCCAUAGAUACGGGCCUUUCCGAUCAAAUCCUGCGGGCAAUCCGUGAAGAGAUCACGAGCGCGGUUAAGGCAGCCGUGAAAUCAAUCGCGCAUCGGAAUGAACCUCGAGAUGCAAUAGGAUUGGAAGAGGGUGACUAUCCCAUCGCAAGCGAGCCAGACGGGAAUGAAAUCACUGAAAACGGCCGUAGCUCACCCCUGGAUAUCGAGACGGAUUCUCCAGUAUCUCAGGCGCCUGAGCUAGAGGACGAUACAGGAGACGCGAACGAUCCCCAAUCGCAAUGCACGCAGGAGGGCUCUCAGCCGGAGGCAGCUCAGAUCCGAUAUUGGAAACCCAUGGUCAGGAAGGAGAUGCAGAUCCUGUACGGGGAGGAAGCGAAUUUCCGAUCUACGGGUCAAUGCGAGGCCAUCUACGAGAUGCUUAUGCGCCGCAACGACAUGCAGGUCGUCCUGGGAACAGGCGCUGGCAAGACCACACCGGUAAUAAUCGCUGGCCUUCUGGACCAGGCUACCACCGUCUUGGCUGUUCCGCUGAAGGUCUUGAUGGAGGACGCGGCGCGUAAGCUGCAACGGGCAGGCGUCGAGCACCAUAUCUGGAGGGAAGGACGAAUCCCCUCCUCUGCCCGAGUCGUCAUAGUCAGCUACGAUCACAUCGGAUCGGCGUCCUGGAAGGAGGCCAUCACCAGCCAUCACUUUGGCUCCCCCUAUCCGGUCACUCGCUUCGUGUUGGACGAAGCUCACUCCAGGCUCACGCAGAUCAGUUUCCGACCGUCCAUGGAGAACGUGUGGAAAGCAAGGAUGUUCAAUGCUCAGCUCAUAGCGCUUACGGCUACCCUACCCCCGGCAGCAGAGGAUAGGCUCGCCGAACUCCUCCUCCAGAGCAAUCCGAUCGUAAUCCGGGAGCCCACCGUGCGACCCGAGCAUCGUUAUAUCAUGGAGAACGAGUUCGCGACGAGCCUGAUUCCUUCGCGCAUAAAGAGGAUGAUCGGAUUGGAAAUGGCCAUGGACAGCUUCGACGAGGCGAUCGACCGAAUCCUUAUAUUCGUCCCUUCGAUAAGCUACGGCAACGACGUGGCCAAGUAUCUCGGCUGCAACUUCUAUAGGAGCGCCAUCAAGGAGGAGAAGUCCCUUUCCGCACCCGCCCGCUUAAAACUCGAAGCCGAUCGACAGGAAAUGCUUCGCACCUUCGAAGAGACUCCUGGUGGCUGGCUGGUGGCGACUUCGGCACUUGGGGCUGGCUACGAUUACGCCCAUAUCCGAUGCGUCGUAGUCGCCUAUCAUUUCCCUUGCAUACUGGAGCUCGUACAGCAAAUCGGAAGAGGAGGACGCGACGGCAGACCAUGCCCGGUGUAUUUUAUGCCCGCACCUAUCUCAUUCACGCCAAAGCGUUUGCCGCCCGGCGAAGACCUGCUCGGUCAUAACCUCGGCUUGGAUCUCGCAAAGAGCCAGGAGUGUAUCCGGUGGAUAAUAUCCUCCUGCGUCGAUGUCAUGGCUGUACGGUGCUCAGAGGUUCCCGGAGCCAUGCAGUGCUCCCGCUGCGAGCACAGGGGGGAGAUCGAUCGGUCAAAGGAAUGUGCAACGUCCAUGGCUCCAGACGAGUGCUUUUACGAGGAGUCUUUGCAAACCAGGAUCGGCGAUGUCACCGACUUCGCGGAAGCCCAACGCAAAGUAAAUCAGAAGAUGAUCGCGGAGUCUGCCGCUCAUACCGACAUGGAGGAGCGCAUUUUGCGAGCCUUACGUCCGUUCGCGGACUGCUGCAUAGGUUGCUGGUUUAUGCCCGGCGCAUGCGAGGGAAAACCGGACGUGGCUCGCCACGAGUCGAUUCUCGAUUGCGGUUCUAUCACCAGCUUUCCGGGCGCGAGGGAGUCUUAUUUGACAUUUUCAAAGGGCAUCAAGUACGAGGCAGAAGCACGAAAACCUCGCAUCUGCUGGUUCUGUCAUAUCCCCCAGUCUUCCGAGCGCAUGGGGACGCAUAGCUGGCGGGCAUCCUGUCAGUGGAACGACAUCGUCACGCCGUUCCUGUGGAACAUAUCUCGCUUACCGGAUAGAGGGGAAUCCUUAUGGGGCGGCCGGUACAACCUCCCAUCGUACGAACGUUGGAUUUCCUGGCUCGUGAGACGUGAUACCGAAGCGCCAUGGGUUUCUAACAUCGUCAGAUUCUUCGUAGAGACCAUAGAACAGGACUAUGCCGAUGUACUCGAAAUAACGCUAGAGUAG